GUUUCCUUUGAUACCUACUAUUGCUCAUUUUCUCUGAAUGAAGCUAGAUUUUGCUAGUUUUUAGUAGGAUAAUAUCUUCUGAAUCAAAGAAAUGUUUAUCUUCAUGAUUCUGACAUAUACUUUCUGUGUUUCAGAAUGCUUCCGAGAUCUAGAAGGUUCUACUAGAAUAAUAAAUGGCUUGAAAGUCAAAGAAGGAGAGUUUCCAUCGAUGGUAGCUUUAUUGAGAUAUAAAAGAUUUAUUUGUGGGGCAACAAUUUUCAAACCAAAUUUUGUUUUAACAGCAGCACAUUGUGUUCAUGAAAAAUCAAAAUAUCAGGUACAGGCAGGAAUUAUUGAUUUGGAUCAAGUUGGGUUCCAAAGAAAGGUUAAAAAAAAAAUAAUUCACCCAGACUUUACAUACCCUCACCUAUCAAAUGAUAUAGCAAUUUUAGAACUGGAGUCUGCUUUACCCCUAAUCCGAGGAAAGAUUAAAUGUGCCAGACUUCCAAAAUAUUCAACGAAGAUUCCUCAUGAGUAUGGCACUGUUAUAGGAUUUGGUCAAACUGUCGAUAAGAAUAAUUGUAUUAGCCACCAACUAAUGAAAGUUAAGCUGAUCCCAGAAGGAUGUACUGUGGCGAAACACUUCUUCUGCUUAGGGCAUCCUGAUGGAGAUAAAGACACCUGCGAUGGUGAUUCUGGUGGUCCAUUUCUUAUCAACAACACAUUGUAUGGAAUUACUUCACAUGGUUUAACUCCAUACUGUGGCGAUGGUACACCAGGAGUCUAUGUGAAAGUACCAUAUUAUGUGAGAUGGAUACGAACAUCAGCUGGGAUGAAGUGUCGUACCUAAGAAGAUUUUCAGGGAGCCAUGGAUUAAUGGAAAUUUUCAAUCGAAAUAAUAAAAUCCAUAAGGAUGAUAUUUUCAAAAAUGUUUAUUUUCACUUGACACACUGAAACCAGUGAACAAUAAUAAUAUAAAUAAAAUGAAAUCCA